AUGUCGGUGAAGCCUGUUUCGUGUCAAUAUACCUUGACCCUCACCGCUUCUGCAAGACGCAUACGGAGUACUAGAAAGAAGCUACUAAAUAAGCGUGUCCCCACUGGUCUCGACUUCAACCGACUUGACGGUGUGAGCAUCAUUGAUCGCAGGACCCCAACAUCCCAGCGUCGACAAACCAAGACAAAGACCACUCGAGUCGCUCUCCACCCAACGCGUGCUCUGUACGUCGUAAAGCUCAUUACCAGACAACGGGCCGUCGGUGGGUUUCAGAGUGUGUAUUACACAAUAAUAGCAAAUGCGCCUGCCUACUUCGUCCAGGAAGCCCGUUUCCGAAUUCUACGUUCGCACCGGCCGUCCCGAGGAACACGAGUCUGGACUCCGGGCGCCCGCAUCCUGUAA